AUGAUAGUGAGCUUCUGUCCAGAUUUACAGACAGCUCAAAGGUGGGAUGAGGAAGUGGGUUCGCCCUUCGUGCACCUCAUAGACCCUUCAGAGAAGGGACAAGCUGGGGCUGCCUAUCAGUCCUGGGGCUUCCCCAAGUCCUUCCAGGGCGUUUGGUCACCUGAGGCCCUGAAGUUUUAUUGCGACGAGAGGUUGCAUGGCCGCGUCUUACAUCCUUCCCAGGGGCAGGAUGUGCAUCAGAUGGGAGGAGAUGUCAUGGUGAACCAUCAGGGCAUCAUUGUGCUCCGACAUUACUCUAAGACCUCCCAGGACAGGCCAAGUAUUGAUCAUCUUUUGACACGAGCUCGAGAGUUGGCGAAACCCUGCUGCUUGCGCCGCCUCUGGACGUUGCUGCUGGCAGCCUUCAAGCGCAGCCUCGCCGUGCUGCGAGAUCUUCGAGGUCUCAACGCUGUGGAGGGACCACCCAAACUUCCCGCGGCCGUUCCGAACGCGGCCCUUCCGAACGUGGCCCCAGCGUGCAAGAUCUGA